AUGGUAGGGCUGAUAGCUAAGAGCAGUGUCAUUGGGCCACAACAGACAUGCCAGGGCCCGGCCAUGCAUGCCCCGGGGGUGUUGGACAGUGGGACCAGCCGAGGUUCUCUCGCGCAAUUUAAUAUCCAACCUUGGCUGAAGCAGUUGAACACAACAUGGAGUUUUCGUACUGACAAGGUCAAUCUGCAUGCGCUUGCGCACGACCCCAUGCCCUACGUAAUUUAUGGUGCUCAUGAAGUUCGUGGUGGAGUCCUCGGGGGCUGUCUUGAGUUGCAAAGGCACCACCAGGCAGCAGAACGGACAGUGGACGAGCAUGAUGCGCCUGUCGACACCCCGCGCAUGGAUAGAGGUAUCAUCUCUAAACUGCAAUCUGGUUUAUCCGCAGACUCCUCCCCAGUGAAAGAAGUCCGGAAUAACAACAACGUUUUGUCCGGUGGAAUUCGGAUAGACCAUGGGGCAUUGGGGCGUUGGGGCAUUGGGGUAGGCAUACCACUUUGGUUUACUCCCAUAGUCACACCACCCGUCAGAUGGAAAUCGGUUGCGUUCCAUGCACGCGACAUUCAUUCCCCACACUUCUCGUCAGAGAACGAACUGCGAUUGUUCCUAGAUGGAGUCUAUCCAGAUAAUUAG